AUGUCUGACAAGCAUUAUUUCCCUUCCACAAGUGCCAAUUCGUUGGUCCCGCGAGGACUGCGAGCUCUUGUCAAUGCAAAUGGCCACUUGGUAUUGAAUUAUGCGGAAAGAGUUGUGGGAAAUGCCUACCAUGACGACUCAAGAGUCAGUGUCAUUAGCGGAGGAGGUUCAGGGCACGAACCGGCAUGGAAUGGCUAUGUAGGCGAUGGUCUGCUUUCCGCAGCUGCGUGUGGAGAUAUUUUCGCAUCCCCCAGUGCAAAGCAGAUUCUCGCUGCCAUUCGUAUGGCGCCUUCGAAGAAGGGUAUUAUCUUGUUGAUCACCAAUUACACCGGAGAUCGUCUCCACUUUGGUCUUGCAGCUGAAAGGGCCAAGGCUGAAGGUCUUGUUGAAAAGAUUUCCAUUCUUCAUGCCACAGACGAUGUCUCAAUUGGAAGAAGCAAGAACAGCUACAUGGGUAGAAGGGGUCUACCGGGUCAUAUUUUCACCAUGAAGAUUGUUUCCGCUGCGGCCGCAGAAGGAUACUCGUCCGAGCAGUGCCUUGAUCUCGGACAAGCCGUCAACGUAAACACUGUAACAAUCGCUUCCGCACUUGACCACUGUCAUGUGCCUGGCAGACACCAGCAAUCAUCUGUCCCCAACGACGUGGUCGUCAUUGGCACCGGUAUCCACAAUGAACCAGGCCAUCUCCACGUUUCCCCGGCGCCCUCGGUCGAAGAACUCAUCGAAUGCUGUCUUAAGUUGCUCUGCGAUGAAUCUGAUACCGAGAGAGCAUUCGCCAAGUUUGAGCCAAAUGAUGAAGUCGGCCUGCUGGUCAACAACUAUGGCGGCCUUUCCGUCCUCGAACUCUCUGCUCUAACCGACGAGAUUCAGAUGCAACUCAGCGCACGAUGGAACAUCAAGCCCUGCAGAGUGCAGUUCGGUUCAUUCGAGACGUCUCUUAACGCGCCAGGCUUCUCGAUCUCUCUAUGCAACCUCACCGCCGCAGCCCGACAGUCGAACGAGGAUGUGGCUACUUUAAUUCGUCAAUUCGAUAGCGCCACGACUGCCGUCUCCUGGUCCAACACGACUCGUCCCUCUCCUUCUCAGAAGAAGACCACCUUCGACAACCUUGAUACCAAGGCUAACGCCAAAGUCGUUAGUUCGCCCAGCCUUCAGUUCGACCACCUGCUCUUGGAGAAGGCCAUCAGGGCUUGGGAUAUGGUUAUGGGCGAUGGAGACUGCGGUGAAGCCGUCCUCGGCCUGGCCGAAUCUAUCUUGCGAAGUGUCGAUAAGGGCUGCGCGGCAUCCGGCGAUGUGUUUGAUGUCAUCCGCUCGAUCCUGCACGAUGUUGACGACAUGGGAGGGACUCUCGAAGGAAAAAUCAAUCCCAACUCGCCCAACUUCUAUUCUACUGCCUUGUCGUCCGCAGUGGCAUCUCUCAAGUCACACUCUGGGGCCAGAGAGGGAGACCGAACUGUUAUGGAUGUUCUGCUUCCCUUCGAGCAGCAGUUUGCGGGAACAAACGAUUUCCUCUCGGCUGUCAAGGUCGCCGCGGAGAAGGCCGAGGCAACAAGAUAUCUCAAGGCGAAGUUUGGCCGCGCAACAUAUGUUGGAGAGGCCUCAAGCCGGGAACUUCCUGAUCCGGGCGCCUGGGCUUUCUAUGAGAUCGUCGCCGGAUUGGCCGACGGACUUGAGCUGAUCCCCAACUAA